CAUCUAGGCUGCUAAUUUCUAGUCAACGGCGAGGCUAAAAUUAACAAUUGGCUGUCAAAAGCGAGAAAAGAAAAACUCGGGAAAUUGUUAAUUAAAAACGUGACCCACAUCAGCGCACUUAGCCCCCGGACACAGCGAUGACGUGGAAGAAGCAGCUGGCGCUGCUGGCCAAACCCUACUACUGGGUGAACAUCCUGCUGGCCAUUUCGUACAUGCUGGCCAAGAAGACGAAGUUCAUCUGCACCCGCCUCUUCAAUCUCGUUGGAGAGGAGGAGGACUGCGAUCUGGACAGUAGGGAGGUGGAGAUCCUAUUCUUCCUGCUGAUCGUGGUCAUGAUACGGUCGCGCAAGACUGGCAGCGUCACCAUGAUCAACUAUUUGGCCUCGUCGUUCCUCUACACAAAGGUGGCCAAUGCCAUCCUGUGGGCCUACGCUGACUUUCGCUACGGCCUGGGCUUCCUGCUGCUGUGCGUCCUGGUGGGCAUGGUGCUGCCGGAGCCCUCGUACCGCGGUCCCGAGCACAUCACCUACUUCCGCAACGCACAAGUCUUGGAGGAGGAGUUGGUCCGGGACAAGCGCACCAGCUGGCUGAUCUGCUUCUACACAGUGUGGAUUCCCUCCUGCGUUAACUUUGCUCCAAUCUAUGCCGAGCUCUCCGCGGAGUACAACACGGACCACCUGAAGUUCGGCAAAAUCGAUAUUGGACGUUUCCCGGACGUGGCCCAAAAGUACCGCAUCUCGGAGGGCAACCACCGGGAGUUGCCCACUGUGAUCCUGUUUCAGAAGGGCAAGGAGACGGACCGCCGACCCUGCUACGACUCCAAAGGCAAGAUGCAGAAGUUCUUCUUCUCCAGCGACAAUGUUCGUGCCACUUUCGGCCUGAACCAACUCUAUAAGGAGGCCGUGGAGCGACUGCCCGCUGCGCCCAAGGAGGCCAAGAAGGUCCAGUAGGCUAUCCGCCCGGCCUCUGCCCACCCGCCAUCUCAUUUCUGCAUGCACGUGCUAAUAUCUGUUACUCGUUUAGUUUUUAAUUUAUUUUAACUUAUUGGGGCGACUGCGACCUCAACUGCCACCGCCGGAGACACGUACAAUUGCACUUAUAAAUGCAUCCAAUUCUAAACUAAAACGUGCCCUCGUCGCGUUGCUAUUGUAUAAAUUAUAUGUGUGGUCUUGCAUUUGCUUAUUUAAUUUGUAGCUAAUAUCAGGUACCAAAUAUAUUUAAAUAUGUGGAAUGAGUCAACGAA